AUGGAGGGACUGCUUUUACAAGAGGUGGAGGAAAAGAAGAGGAUAGUGGAGCAAAGGGCUCAGCAGAGAUUGAUGAAGAUGCAGAAACAGAGUUCUCUGCUCAAUGGGGAGUCAUGUCAUCUCUCCGAAAUCAGAGUCGUACUGCUUGGAGCUCGGGGCUCAGGGAAGAGUUCAACAGGAAACACCAUCCUGGGUCAAGGAGGAAGCUUUGAGACCUACAGGAGAGCUGUGCAGGAGCACCUAGAGCUCAUCACAGACACAGUCUGGGCUCACAUCAUCGUCCUGUUCAACUUUGGGGACUGGCUGGGAGACACAACCAUCGAGCAGCACAUUGAGAGUGAGGGGGAGGCCCUCCAGAGGCUUGUCGAGAAGUGUGGCAACAGAUACCACGUGUUGGACAGUAAGAACCAGGGGACUGGUGCACAGGUCUCUGACCUGCUACAGAAGAUAGAGGAGAUGCUGGUGGAGGAUAGGUUGAGGUUGGAGGUUCUACGGAGAAGAGAACAGGUUGGGAAGAGUCUCACAGUGAUGCAGGAGCCAGAGAUGGAUGGAGUGAUGGGAGAGGGCAGAGAGGUCCUUGUAGCAAACCACACAGAUGCUCCCUUUCAUGAUGCAUGUGAGGUGGCUAGUUCAGAGGACCUUCUAACCCCAGAUGACUCAGGAGCCCCAGACUUUGGUGGACAGGAGUUGGCACUACCAGAGGCCAGUGGAGGAUGGUGGACUGAAGCAAAUCACUCCAUCCUGGAUGUGGAGGGGUUUCUGUCCAGCAUGGCCAGUGUGCUUCAGGGGAAUCAGGAGGGGCUGAUGUGGAACAUGGGGGGGCAGACAGACGCUAGUGGUGACCCUCCCAGACUGUCUCCACACUGGACCUACUCAGAGCCAUCAUCUGAGAUGGAAUGGACAGAAUGGUAGAAAACCAGUCACCCUGUUCUCUCCAGGACACCAAGCUCUCCUCCUGGUCCAGCAACCCAAAGAACCAGAAAAAAAUGCUGGUGAAGAAAGACAUAGUUGAUAUACAGUCCCUUCGACACCCCAGGCUGAGGGACAGGACCCUCAAGGAGAUUGCCAGAACAGGAGGCCUGCAGGCCUUGACUGACCAAUGGGGGAACAGUAAUUUGGAGGAGCUUGAAUCCUUCAUUGACUCCUAUUUUGAAAUGGUGUGGAAGAAAACCAUGGGGUCUUUCAUAGUAGAGGAGGACGACUGUCUCACCAGCAACAGCCCAGAGCUGAAUGAUGUUGGGGAGGAUCUUGUAAAUAAUGGUGACCAGGAGGUGCUGUCAUCCAUUGACAAUAAGCGGUCUAAGCUGGACAUCCUGGAAGGCAUGCAGAGAGACUUGCUGGACCUCAGACAGAGUCUGGAUCACAGCUGUGACGUCAUACAGGAACUCAGUGACAAAAGUAAAGCAACACAGAAGCCUGCUGUUCCCUCUGAUGCAGGGGAGGCAGAAGUGGAGGAAAGUUGCUAGAGGAGAGAUGUUCAACAAUAACUAACAUAAAUGAUAAGUUAUAGAUUGGUUUGUUUUAUCUAAAUAUGCCCUAACGUCAUUGUUCAGGUAACAACUAAUUAACAGUAUUGAUUUAUUGAUGGAGUUAAUGCUAAUGGUGAGGCAGUAUUUUAACUUCAUGAUGUCAUAUGUUUCCACAAGGGGGAGCCCUCUGACAAGCAAUUGUGGCGGGGUUGGUCUCCUGCAUAGGUUACUGUAUCUAUUCACUACAUGAAAUAUUUCACUCCAUUAUUAUGCAAGACACCAGUCAUUUUAAAUCAGUUAUUGUUGAUAAUUUCCUAGAUGAUUAUUUUAUUUAUCUUAUGAGGCUUGUAUAAAGACAGACAUAUCAGGGUCCAGAUGACAGCACAUGUGUCAUGCCAUAAAAGUAACAUAUUAUAUAUAUCAUGAAACAUAUCAUGCCAUCCA